UUUACGAACGAUGGCUGAACAAGCAGCAGAAAAUGAAUUGAGUUUCUUGGCUUUGGUUUGUGACGUCCUCAAAAGUAUUGAAAAAGAAUCGCACGAUGUGUCACAGAAGAUGACAGACCUGAAGAGUCAAUUACAGAGAGCACGAGAAUGCGUUGAAAAAAUGCCUGGAAUUCAAUACAGCAAAACAGAGCAGCUAAAACAGAUUGAUGUCCUUCGUAACCAACUAGCCGUCAAGACAGAAUUACUUCAGAAGUACAAACACAUGCAAACAUUUGAUUUAUCUCAGUAAAGUU